UAUCGGGCAUCAGUCGUUUGACAGCAACACAGACCAAGAUGUUCAAAUUGGUGGUGUUGUGCGCUUUCCUCGCUGCGGCGGUGGCUGAACCUGGUGCGUUCUUCGCACCCUUAGCCUACAGUACAGUGUUGUCGCCCGCAAGAACGACUAUCACCAACCAGGCCAGCAGUGUCAUCCAUCCUUCACCCUACUACACCGCGCCAUGGGCUUACACCACGCCUUUGGCCCAUCUGAUCAAGAAACGCUCCCUCGCUGUCAGCUCCUACUUCGCGCCAUCGACGUACAUCGCUCACGCUCCCAUUGCCAGCACUUAUGCUGCAUCACCCCUCGCCUACACUUCAUACUCUCCUUUGGCAACGACUUACGGAGCACCAAUUUACUCGACCGCCGCGCAUUUUAUUAAGAAGAGGUCAGCUCCUCUAAUCGUACCAAGCACAUACGUAGCACCUUCCUUUUACCACUCUACUCCUCUGUUGACGUCUACUUACAGCGCACCCUUCUACACUACUCCUUACGUGUCCCACUCCCCCAUUGCCUACACUCACUUGAUCAAGAAGCGAUCCGCUCCUUUGGCGCUGGCAACCUACGCCGCACCUGCUGCCUUCUCUCACCAAUCCAGACUUGACAUCAAAACCGCCCCAGCUGUGGCAACUUACUCGUACUCUAGCCCCAUCACAUACGCUAGCCCUUUUGGAUUCACUCAUCUGUACUAAUUUAAGUGAUUUAUAGGUUCAGCAAUUUUUUUGGAAAAUUCAAAAUUUGAUUUUUUUAUUGUAAAAUUUGUUAAAUCCAAUUGUACAUGUUAGAUCAAAUGUAAAUAAAGUUAACCAAAUUUAAAAA